GUCUAAGUGAAAGGAACCAAAAGGGAUUCCUGCCAAUACCGAGUCUGGAGAGAUGGCACUCCAUCUGCAGAACCAGGGGACUGGAGGACAGUCCUCAGCCAGGGGGAACGCAGGACUCUAAGUUUUUUCUCUUGAGAUCAAGGAAUAAAAGAUGGUUUUGGAAAUGCUGAACCCAAUGCAUUAUAACAUCACCAGCAUGAUGCCCGAAGUCAUGCCUGUGGCCACCAUGCCGAUCCUGCUGCUCACUGGCUUUCUUCUUUUGGUUUGGAAUUAUGAAGACACAUCCUCAAUACCCGGUCCUGGCUAUUGCAUGGGAAUUGGGCCCCUCAUUUCCCACUGCAGGUUCCUGUGGAUGGGCAUUGGCAGUGCCUGCAACUACUACAACAAGAUGUAUGGAGAAUUCAUGAGAGUUUGGAUAUGUGGAGAGGAAACACUCAUUAUUAGCAAGUCCUCAAGUAUGUUCCACAUAAUGAAGCACAGUCACUAUAGCUCCCGAUUUGGCAGCAAACUUGGACUGCAGUGCAUCGGCAUGCAUGAAAACGGCAUCAUAUUUAACAAUAAUCCAACCCUCUGGAAAGCCAUUCGACCUUUCUUUACAAAAGCUUUGUCUGGCCCUGGCCUUGUGCGCAUGGUGACAAUUUGUGUUGGAUCCAUCAUCACACAUCUGGACAGGUUGGAGGAGGUCAGCAACGAAUUGGGUUACAUCGACGUGUUGACCCUCAUGCGGCGCAUCAUGCUGGACACCUCUAACAUUCUCUUCCUGGGGAUCCCCUUGGACGAAAGUGCCAUCGUGGUUAAAAUCCAGGGUUAUUUUGAUGCAUGGCAAGCUCUCCUUCUCAAACCAGACAUCUUCUUUAAGAUUUCUUGGCUAUACAAAAAGUAUGAAAAGUCUGUCAAGGAUUUGAAAGAUGCCAUGGAAAUUCUGAUAGAAGAAAAAAGACACAGAAUUUCCACAGCAGAGAAACUGGAAGACUAUAUGGAUUUUGCCACCGAGUUGAUUUUUGCUGAGAAACGUGGUGACCUGACAAGAGAGAAUGUGAACCAGUGCAUACUGGAAAUGCUGAUUGCAGCACCAGAUACCAUGUCUGUCUCUGUGUUCUUUAUGCUAUUUCUCAUUGCAAAGCACCCUAAGGUUGAAGAGGCAAUAAUGAAGGAGAUCCAGACUGUUAUUGGUGAAAGAGAUGUAAGAAUUGAUGAUAUGCAAAAAUUAAAAGUGGUGGAAAACUUUAUCUACGAGAGCAUGCGGUACCAGCCUGUUGUGAACUUGGUCAUGCGCAAAGCCUUACAGGAUGAUGUCAUCGAUGGCUACCCAGUGAAAAAGGGGACUAACAUUAUCCUAAAUAUUGGAAGGAUGCAUAGACUAGAGUUUUUCCCCAAGCCCAAUGAAUUUACUCUUGAAAACUUUGCAAAGAAUGUUCCUUACAGGUAUUUUCAGCCUUUCGGUUUUGGGCCCCGCAGCUGUGCAGGAAAGUACAUCGCCAUGGUGAUGAUGAAAGUCGUCCUGGUUACACUACUGAGACGAUUCCACGUGCAGACAUUGCGAGGAGAGUGUGUUGAAAGUUUACGGAAAAAAUAUGGCUUGUCCUUACACCCAGAGGAGACUAGCAACCUGCUGGAAAUGGUUUUUAUUCCAAGAAAUUCAGAAAAGUGCCUCGAACACUAAAGAAGGCUGAUCAGUACCUACUCUGGAGCAUUUCUCAUCAGGAGUUCACAUAGAAAUCACCCGUUCACCAUCAUGGUGAACAUUCGGUGGCCUCUGCCAUUUUAUAGGCACGCCUCGUAUGGACUGUCAGCAAGUCAGGAGAUGUGGGUCAUCUGUUCUUGUCCAAACCAGACUUCCAGAGAAAAUAGAGGCUAAGAGUUUGCAGGGGAAAUGGUCAAUCCCACAAAACAUGCUUUGGAAAAGAUAGGCCACCAGCAAAACUUAGGUCCUCCUUCCCACAAAAUCUCCACUGCCCUGCCCCAAGAGCAUUUUAAUGUCUGGGGCAGAAGCACUCAAGUCCAUUGGAAAGGUCAGCCUGAUGCUUGGGUACUUAGGGCCAAACAUACCUGCUAAUGUGAAUAAAAGUGUUUUGAUUUAGUUUUCAGUGGUAGGCUCCCCAACAUUCAUAUUCU